CGAAAAGAGGGGAGGGAAGAAGAAGAAGAAGAAGAAGAAGAAGAAGAAGAAGCAAUGACGUCAUCACUCGAGCGACAUCACAGACACGCGAGCUUUUUGCGCUUCAACGCGCGAUUACAUCACCACAGUCAUCAUAUCAGUGACGUCGUCACAGACCGGUCGCGUCAUCAAAGUCGGGACCUCGCGGGUCGUCGUGGACCGACACGGGCUAAGCAAAUCCUCCCAACUCUUGAGCAAUUACGGAGUGUCCGACAGUUUGGCCGGCGGCGAGGACUGAUUUUCCACAACGUUUUGUCUCAACAAAUAUCAUCUACUGCGGAACAUCCGCCGAGCGAUUCUCCACAAAAUUUGACCAGUUGAUCGCUACGCGAAAUCUUCCCAACGUUCGACCGUUGGUGAAUGGCGACGACAAAACUCGCCAACUCGCAAAACUUCAAAACGUUUGACCGCCGGCUCGGCAAAUUCUCACAACGUUUGACUACCGGUGAACCCGGACCCGACAGACGCAGUCAUGUCUAACCCGAACCAAAGCUCAGACUCGAGAAAAGAGGUGAACUGGAAGAUCAGGAGAUUGGUCCAGAAGCAAGACGAGUUCAAAAAACUUUGGCAAAGCGAUCGACUGAGCCACGACGUCAAGGUGGAGGCGCUCGAGUCUCAGAACCGGGCCCUGCAGGACAAACUGGACGCGGCCAGCAAGGAUGAGGAGGAGCUGAUGACCCAGGUGAGGGUCCACAAAGCCCAGAUCUUCUCCUUGGAGCAGAGAAAGUGCCUGACGGAAUCAGAGGCCAAAGACCUGAAAGCGGUCCAGGUUGAGCUCCAGGAGAAGAUCAGCGAGCUGGAGGCGGCGCUCGUCGCCUGGGAGAAAAAGCUGGAAGCCCAGGCCCAGAGGCACGGCGAGCAACUGCAGAAGGUCGAAGAUGACUGGAAGGAGAAGAUGCGCGAGAAGGACGAGGCCUUCGCCAAGCAGGCGGCCGGUCUUCAAGCGCAAAUGGACAAAAUGAGCAAACAGGCCGAGGAGCUGGCCGAGGACAAACGCAAAGUGCAGGCGGCGCUGAGCGAGCGGCAGGAGGAGCUGGAGGCUCAGAAGAGCAUUCGCGACAAACUGCAGUACGACCACGGUGUGGAGAUGAGACUGAUCCAGAUGCAGAAGAACGCACUCUCCAACAAGGUGACGGCUCUCACCAACACCACCGACGACCUGAUGGAGAAGAAGGAAGCGCUCAAGAAGUCUGACGAACAAAAGAGCAAAGAACUCAAGGCCAAGAACGCCGACAUCUGCGACCUGCAGACGCACAAAGAGAUCAUCAAUGCGCAACUUCAGCGCGAGGAGCGCGGCGCCGCCACCCUGAGGGAAUCUCUCCGACACAUGGACACCGACAUGGAGGCUCUGAGGGCCGAGUACACCGCGGAGCAGGCUGCCCACAAGGUCACCAAGAAGGACCUGGCCCUGGCCAAGAUGCAGGCCAACGACCUGGCCGAGAAGAUCAAGUUCCACGAGGGCCGCGUCAAGGCCCACCAGGCCAGCGUCAAGAGUCUGGAGUGCGUGCUGCUCACCAAGGACACGUACAUCCGCAGGUUCAGAGAGGACCUGGAGACGUCCAUCUCGCUCAUCAACAGGCCCAAGACCUUCACCAAGGCCAUCACCAGCCUCAAGAGGAAGUACAUCACGGGGGACCAGGACGUCUGCGUGGACGCCAUCGAGGAAAAGAUCGCAAAGUUCCUGGAGUCCAACAAGUUACAGUCGGACCAUUUUGAGAAGACCAUCCAGAGUCUGCGGCGCCAGCUUGAGCAGAAAGACGCCGAGACCCAAAAGAGGCUCCAGAAGCUGGACCGCUGCCGCGGCGACCUCAUCAAGAUCAUCAACGAGCAGCGCUUGGAGAUCGCCAAGGUCAAGGCGGAGCUUAACGAGGUCACGCAUCAGCUGAGGCAGCUGGCCCCUCCCCUCGCGAGGACCAAUCGACCGUGAAUUGCCCCGCCUCCCCCCCCCGAUCACACACACGACGACGGACAGCU